CUCUCUCUUCCGGGUUUGAGCGCGCCGCUGUUCUCCGGCCGUCUCAGUAGGAAACAUGGCGGCCGUCAGUAAGUACCUGACAGCGAAGAACUCCGCUGUAGCUGGUGGUGUCCUACUCGUUUUGUACUUCCUAAAGCAGAGACGAAGAUCCGCCGCACUGAACAGGAAGAAGGGUUCUUCAAAUGAUCUGAACAGUGAGAAAGAUGGCAAGAAAGAGAGAGCUGCUGUGGACAAGCUGUUUUUUCUCCGAAUCUUACGGAUCCUCGGGAUUAUGGUGCCGAGGUUCUUUAGCAAAGAGACGUGGUACCUGCUCCUGAUUGCAGUAAUGCUUGUGACUCGGACCUAUUGCGACGUCUGGAUGAUUCAGAACGGCACCAUGAUUGAAAGUGCGAUCAUUGGUCGGUCCACUAAAGGUUUCAAGAAGUACUUAUUCAACUUUAUCACGGCCAUGCCAGUUAUCGCCCUGGUGAACAACUUCCUGAAGUUGGGCCUGAAUGAAUUGAAGCUGUGCUUUCGCGUGAGACUUACCAAACAUCUCUACGAUGAGUACCUUAAGGGAUACACAUACUACAAAAUGGGAAACCUGGAUAACCGCAUUGCUAAUGCAGAUCAGCUGCUAACACAGGAUGUGGAAAAGUUCUGUAACAGUGUGGUGGAUCUUUACUCCAACCUCAGCAAGCCCCUGUUGGAUAUCGGUUUGUACAUUUUCAAAUUGACAACAGCAAUCGGUGCUCAGGGUCCUGCGACUAUGAUGGCCUACCUGCUGAUCUCCGGCCUCUUCCUGACCCGUCUGCGCAGGCCGAUCGGUAAGAUGACGGUGUCCGAACAGAAGUACGAAGGAGAAUACCGAUACGUCAACUCUCGUCUCAUCACGAACAGUGAGGAGAUCGCCUUCUACAAUGGAAAUGUAAGGGAGAAACAGACAAUUCAUUCAACGUUCAAGAAACUGGUUGAUCAUCUGCACAAUUUCAUCUUCUUCCGUUUCUCAAUGGGAAUGGUGGACAGCAUUAUUGCCAAGUAUUUUGCUACGGUUGUUGGUUACUUAGUCGUCAGUCGUCCUUUCCUUGAUUUGUCUCAUCCUCGACAUCUGACCAGCUCUCAUGCUGAACUGCUAGAGGACUACUACCAGAGCGGCCGUAUGCUGCUGCGUAUGUCACAGGCGUUGGGCAGAAUCGUCCUUGCAGGCAGAGAAAUGACUCGACUGUCGGGCUUCACCGCUCGCAUCACUGAGCUCAUGAAGGUCCUGAAGGAGCUGAAUUCUGGGAAAUACGAACGCACCAUGGUGUCUCAGUCAGAGAAGGAUUCAGAAAAGCUCACACUGGUACCUGGAACUGGAAGAAUCAUCAAUGUAGACAAUAUCAUCAAGUUUGAUCACACGCCCCUGGCUACACCUAAUGGAGACAUUCUCAUCAGAGAUCUGUGUUUUGAGGUGAAAUCCGGUACCAAUGUUUUGGUGUGUGGUCCCAACGGGUGCGGAAAGAGCUCACUUUUCCGAGUUCUUGGAGAGUUGUGGCCGCUGUUUGGUGGGAGCUUGACGAAACCAGAGCGGGGAAAGCUCUUCUACGUCCCUCAGAGGCCUUAUAUGACACUCGGCUCAUUGAGGGAUCAGGUGAUCUACCCAGAUACCCAUGAGGACCAAAGAAAGAAAGGCAUCUCUGACCAGGUGCUGAAGGAAUACCUGGAUAAUGUCCAGUUAGGACACAUUUUGGAGAGAGAAGGGUCAUGGGACAUAAUUCAAGACUGGAUGGAUGUGCUCAGUGGAGGAGAGAAGCAGAGAAUGGCGAUGGCCAGGCUCUUCUACCACAAGCCCCAAUUUGCCAUCCUGGAUGAGUGCACCAGUGCCGUGAGCGUAGAUGUGGAGGAUUAUAUCUACAGUCACUGCAGAAAGGUCGGCAUCACCCUGUUCACAGUCUCCCACAGAAAGUCCUUGUGGAAGCAUCAUGAGUAUUACCUACAUAUGGACGGCAGAGGAAACUAUGAAUUCAAACCCAUCACCCCUGAAACUGUGGAGUUCGGCUCUUAGAGAAAACAACAGCACUAUACUAUCAGUGACCCUACUUCUUAAAGGGACAGUCCUCCCAAAAAUUGACACUUUCUUCUGUUCUUAACCAAACUAAGGUAGCUGUUGACGGCAGCUAUUGACUUCUUCCGUGGUAUUUUUCCAUACCAUGGAAGUCAGUGAAGACCAUCAACUGUUUGGUUAACAAUUUUUGGGUGAACCGUUUCUUUAAGAAGUCACCUGCCAACCUAAUCUAGGAGUUUGUUUUUAAUCGUCAUAACCUUUUUGGGAUGGAAUUGUGUUUAGAGAUUUAUUAACACUAUUGUCCUCAGUGAUUGUAUAUAAUUUUGUAAUUUAAACAGUUUAUAGGACAUCCGUUAAGUACGCAUGAGAGCGUAUACCAAGGAAAUACGCCUUUGUCUCUGUGAUAGCACUAAUUUGUUUAAUAAAUGAAACUUGUCUGUAUAGGCUCACACAAAUCAAUUCCACUGGACUGAACCGAGCGUUAGAUACUCAAUGAUCUAAUAUUGCCUUUUUCUCAUCAGCUAAGCCUUUCUUUAAGCUACUAAGUGGCCUUUCGUGCUCACUGCAGCAUGGUCGGGUGGUCUGGAUGUGUGCGAGCUGUUUUUUGGUGCACUUUACCUGGUAUGGUAAUUUGGAAAACCAGGAAGCCUUGUACAGCCGUUAGGUGUCUGUAUUCGAUGAGAAGUUGCCUAUGCACUUGUUUACUCCAGCACUGUUGGCAUUUCUUGAUGUGGAAGGAAUCAGGAACGGUUGAGUGUAAGAACUGUAAGAAACAUUGUCGUAGCACUUCAGACAUAGAGAAAAUGAACCACUUUGCUGUAUGUUUUCAUUAAAAAAGGAGAUAUUGAUACUA